CGGUCCCGUCAGACGUGUUUCCGCUUUCUGGACCACAUCAUUGUUCACAGACUCGCAGUCAUUGAACCGCUGAGGGUUUGAUUUCUACUCGUCUUCGCCCGUAGACCCUGCAAACUGCGGCCAUGCGGGCCUUCCUGCUGCUGGUGGUCGCGUCGCUGUGGCUGAGCCCGGCGGCGGCGAGCGGAGCCGAGAAGAAGAAGCUGCAGAUCGGGAUCAAGAAGCGGGUCGACAACUGUCCCAUCCGGUCCCGGAAGGGGGACGUGUUGAACAUGCACUACACCGGCAAGCUGGAGGACGGAACCGAGUUCGACAGCAGCAUCCCCCGCGACAGGCCCUUCACCUUCACCCUGGGCACCGGCCAGGUGAUCAAAGGCUGGGACCAGGGCCUGCUGGGCAUGUGCGAGGGCGAGAAGAGGAAGCUGGUCAUCCCCGCCGAGCUGGGCUACGGAGACCGGGGGGCUCCGCCGAAGAUCCCCGGAGGGGCCACGCUCAUCUUCGAGGUGGAGCUGCUGAGCAUCGAGAGGAGAUCCGAUCUCUGACAAGGAGGCGAUGAAAGAUAAAAUAAUCAGGUUCCAGGAGCUGCUGCAGGACGAGGAGGAGGUGAUCUGAUGAAGAUUACAUGUGAAAUCAGAGAGAAGAGAUGGCACCAUCCAGCAGAGCCUCUUCUGUCAACUGAGGUUCAGGCUGUGAUUUAUUAGACUGAAGUAAUUAUAUGAAGAUACAGGCACUGACUGAAUAUCCCUAUUAACACGUGGAGCAGUUGGUAGCAGUCCAAUAUUCAGUCCCAGGCUGAUAAAGAAGUAAUUCCUUGCCAUUUUAUCCCAUUUUUUUUAUUUUAAACUUUCUCUGAUUUCUCAGCAAGUUCCUUCAUAUCUGUAUGAUUAUUUUAACAUUAUAUCUGAGGUUUUUUAAUUAGUUCAAUCAAGCCAGGUGAAAAAAUUGAUUUUGUUCACAUAAAAUGUUUCAAUUAUGAUUAAAAGUGAUGAAAAUAAAUUGUAUGUAUUUUCUUUUACUUUGAGUGAUUUUUAACUGUAUAUGUUAUGUCAAGAUUGCAUCUUUUUGUUAAAACAUAUUUUCUGAUAUACUUUUAAGUCACAUGUGGUAAUAUCUGCUUUUUUUGUCUUUUUCUUCUUGGAUGGUAACUUUAAACUAGUGGAGACAAAACAUGCCACUUUGCCUGGAUCUUGCAACUCAAAGUCUAAAGGAAACUGAAAAUGUUCCUGUCAUGACACUGGAAUUAUAGAAAUACAUUCAAUCUAUCUAUCCAUCACUUGCUUUUCCCAGCUUGAGGUUGCAGGGCCUGAAGAAU